UCUUAGCUAAUGCAAACCCACACUGGAGAAUCUGUAGCACAACGCCGCCGUGACAUACAAGACUCCCAAGGUGUGAUUAAGAGCCUGGUAGGAGUAUGUGACAGAUGCCCAUCCUGAGUUGUGAGUCAGAAGAGGAGAGGCUGGGCUGAUGACAAGCAUGACAUUGAGCCAAGCCACAGAUGCAUGCCCACUCAAAAGGCCCAACUGAGCGCCAUCCCCUCUGCUUCCUGGCUUUCAACCAGCCUCUCAGAGGUGGGGGUGGGGGGUGGGGGGUGUUGACGGGGCAUAGGUAGUCCCUGCACCCCCAAGUAGAACCUCACUGUGAAACUGGAGGUCUCUGAUGGAUCAGUGUAGUAGUGAACAGAGUCCAGAGGAUCCGGACACAGGAGGCCGAGCGGAGCUGGAGGUCAGCAGGAGGGCGUCGGAGUCAGAGCAUGGCUUGUCCAAAAUCACCCAUAAUGCCCUUGAGAACAUGGGAGCGUUGGGGCAUGGCCUAAAGCAGUUCUUCCAGCCACAGCGCCGACGCUCCUCCGUUUCCCCACAUGACUCCACCUUGUCCUGCACAGGUGCCCUUCCCUCCGAACCCACUGAUGUAGGGUCAGAAGUAGGAGACGCUCCUGCCUCCUCGACCCUCCCUUUGGAUUCUGACAACCCUGCUGCUUCCGCCCCUCCUGCAGCUCUGAGCCGUGUUCUGCAGCAGAUCCGAGGUGCUCCACCAAUUAUGAAGCGAGGCACCAGCCUGCAGAGCCGCCGCAGCAAGGCGGGGGGCACUGGGGAUCCCCCCCAGAAAGGUAGCCCCCAGAUCCACAGGCGCAGCACCCAUGAGGCCCUGCUGCAGGCUGGCCGCCCACGCUCCUCCUCGACCACAGACACACCAAGCAGCCCAGCCUUAGCUGACAUGCUGCUGACCUCUGGUUACCACUCCACUGAAGAGCCUGACAAGCUGGAUCGUUAUGAUGGAUCGGGCCCUGCCGUGUCACCCAAUGCCCUCCCCUAUGGUGCAGAUGGGUAUGAUGUAGUUGACAGUACACCAGACCCCCAGCGAACAAAGCAGGCCAUCGCCCAGCUACAACAGAAGAUCCUCAAGCUCACAGAGCAAAUCAAGAUCGAACAAACUGCACGUGACGACAAUGUGGCUGAAUACCUGAAACUCGCUAAUAAUGCAGACAAACAACAGAGUGCACGCAUCAAACAGGUGUUUGAGAAGAAGAACCAAAAGUCAGCUCAGACUAUCCAGCAAUUGCAGAGGAAGCUGGAGCACUAUCACCGUAAGCUUCGUGAGGUGGAACACAACGGCAUCCCUCGCCAACCUAAAGAUGUUUUCCGAGACAUGCACCAGGGGCUGAAAGAUGUUGGAGCCAAGGUAACAGGUGGCUUCUCCAGCUUCUCUCAAGCCACUCAUUCUGCAGCUGGAGCUGUGGUGUCCAAGCCAAGAGAAUUCGCUUCCCUCAUCCGCAACAAGUUUGGCAGCGCCGAUAACAUUGCAGCCCUGAAAGACUCUUUGGAUGAAACCCAAGGAGAUGAGGGUGUUGGCCCUGGGGCAACGAGGACCCUUGGGACAGGACAGUUGCUGUCCAGCCCGAAGUAUGGCAGUGAUGAUGACUGUUCUAGUGCUACCUCUGGCUCUGCAGGAGCCAAUAGCACUACCGGAGCCCCUGGAGGCCCCCCUAGCUCCAAGGGCAAUACCCUUGAUCAUGCCCAGGCCUCAGGCUUUGAUGCUGUUCUCCAUGAGAUCCAAGAGCUCCGGGAAAACCAAGGUCGACUUGAGGAGUCCUUUGAAAACUUAAAAGCCCACUAUCAGCGGGACUACACAAUGAUCAUGGAGGCCCUGCAAGAGGAACGAUACAGGUGUGAACGUUUAGAAGAACAACUCAAUGACUUGACUGAACUGCACCAGAAUGAAAUUCUGAACUUGAAACAGGAACUAGCCAGCAUGGAGGAGAAGAUUGCUUACCAGUCCUAUGAAAGAGCGAGGGACAUUCAGUCCAUGACCAGUGCUGCCGGUAGCAACUGGGCAAAGGCAGCAGCUACCCCCCGUGCCACAAAAGACACGGGCUGCGAAGGGUCCAUGCAUAUUGUGUCAUCCGAGGCCGACUGCGUGGACCCACCUCUGUCUUGCUACAAAUCUUGA